AUGGCUAGCAACACCACCUUACGGACGUUUCGAUCGCUCACAUGCACAAUUCGCGCAUCAUGUCAACACACGCAGCCUCUGCGACCCUUCUCCCACAGCACACGAGCCCUCAAUGCGUCUCCCACCGACCGCAAUAAGCCCUCUUUGUCAAUGGACAGUCUUCUCGGCAAUGUGUCACGCAACUUCAAAAACGCAGGUCCUGACCACUUUGGGAACAUAAUACCCAACGCCGACGGGACCCCGGGCUUCAAGAAUCUUGCACCACGCGAGUGGGAAGAGGACGACAAGCACAAAUUACACGUUUACGCUACCAAGCACAACACACAUCUGUGUCUCACACAGCCAAAUCGCAAUCCCCUCAUCUCGGUAUCGUGUGGAAACAUUGGUUUCCGGAAAGCGGGGCGCGGGUCAUACGAUGCUGCCUACCAGCUCGCAGCUUUCCUCAUGAACCGGAUUCAGGACAAGGGCUUGCUGCCACAGAUUCAGAAGUUGGAGUUGAUUUACAGAGGAUUUGGACCAGGCAGGGAGGCAGUCACAAAGGCGAUACUGGGUUCCGAGGGAAAGAGGAUACGGCCGUUGAUUGUCAAACUAGCCGACUCUACGAGACUCAAGUUUGGUGGUGUGAGGAGCAAGAAGCCAAGGAGAUUGGGUUAG